AUGGCUGAUAUGAGCUGUAACUACAAGAGGGUUGGCCGGAGAUGUCACGGUAUGAGAGGUUUCCGGCUAAAAUACCCCCGGAGAUUUUCCGUUCAACGGCUGCGAAAGAAGUUCUUGUUCCUGUUCAGGGUCUGUAGCAGGUGGAGAUUUUCUCUCAGAUCGUGGACGAGAAGUACAUGCAGAAGUAGAAGCGAUAUUAAUGGUGGAAGUAGCAGAAGAAAUUUUGUUGCCCAGGAGGUUGAGGUGCCAAAUAUGUAUCAAUAUCACAUAGACUAUAGGCUUAAAUCAUUUGGGCGUUCAAAUUCUUUUUAUUCCGAAGCCAUUUCAGAUUGCUUGGAGUUCAUCAAACGGUCCUCUAUAUCAGUGGAUGACAUUGACAAGCCAGUCAACCAAAGAUAA